UGUAAUUUGUAAUCCAUCCAUGGAUUCCCUCAUUUCUUGAUCCACCUCCCAUUACCGUAUGCUAUGCCUUCUCAAUCUGGGUUUUCUCCAGAUCCGGAUCGCCGACCCGGUACCAAACUGGCGCAAAAUCGUCAUGGUUGUUGAGCUUUGAUGCCUGUUGGUUCAGUUUUGUUGUUUUAUUUUCCAUCAAUUUCCCGGCCAGGAAAUAUUGGAUGAUCGGAGCAGCACAACCGGAGUUAAAUUUGAUACCAGUCGGAGAGCAUUCUCACUAGCUAGAAGGUGGAUAUCUUCAUAGUUUGUAAAGAAAAUGGUUAUGGUGUCGAGUGGUGGGUUGUCUCAUCAGAAUCAGAAGAGGCCAUUAGAGAAUGGUUUCCAUUCCUCAUCCUUGGAUCAUAUGCCGAAAUAUAAAGCUAGGAAAGUCUCAGCAGUUCGGGAUUUUCCUCCUGGGUGUGGCGAAAAUGCUCCGCAAACUGAUGUGAAAUCUGGUGGAAGUGUGGUUGCUGCCGCCGGUUUGGAGGUUACAGGUGUAAAGGAUUCUGAUGAUGUUAGUGAGUUGCAAUCUUUAGAAGUUGUGAACUGCUCAGUUAAAUUGGCAGUGGAUGAAUCCUUGGAUAGAGUGGUCGCAGAAGUGGUGGUGGCCACAACUGCAAAUGGAACUCUUAGUGGGGUGGAAGAAGUGAUGAGCUAUGUUGAACCUCUUGGAUCUGACAUAUUGAAAGAUGAUAACAAAGUGGAGCCAGUGAAGGAAGGGAAUCAGAUACAGAACCGUGAUUUGGUAAAGGAGCUGGAUGAGGCAGUAACACUACCUAUUGUCGAAAGUGCCCUGUCUGAUGUGGCUGUUCAUGCUAGUAUUGAGCCUCUUGAAUCUGAUUCUACCAAAGAAGGUAAUAAAGUGGAGCAAGUGGAGGAAGGGGAUCAAAUAGAGAACCACGAUUUGAUGAAGGAGCAGGAUGAGACAGUAUCACUACCUAUUGAUGAAACUGCCCAGUCUGAUGAGAUGGUUCCUGCCAGUUUGGGAAAAACAUGCUCACAACAGCAGUUGCAAUACAAUAACAGUGUCGAGGAACACACUUCGUCCUUGAUAAAGAAAAAAUACCGCUCGAGAAGAGUUUCUGCUAUACGUGACUUUCCUCCAUUUUGUGGAACGAACGCUCCUAAGCCGAUUGAAGAGAAUUGUAUGGAUAUAGUGAAAGCUAUCGCAGAUGAAGUGGGGGCUUCCAUUGAAAAAUCAGAAGGUGUUCGUGAUGCUGAAGCUGUGGUUGGUAAGGAGAUUGUUGUCUACUCCCAGGAAGAAAUUGAUAAAUGCAUCCUUCCAGAUGAUGCUAUUGGUCUUGGGGAAGGAGGUACAAGUAUUUGUGAUGUUGACGAAAAUGAUCAAAGGUGUUCGGGUGAUGAUUUUGAUUCUGGUAAUGAAGUUGUAAAGCCACUUGUGCAAGCUCUGAUGGCUGAACCACUUUGUCCAUGGAGGCAGGGGACAACGGACUUAACUAGUGAUGGCGUGAUUAGGGAAGGUGAAGUUAAGAAAAAUACAGCUUCUUAUCGGAAGAGGUCCAAUGCUGUUGCCAAAAAAAGUGUUGUUAGGAAGGCAUCACUUUUUUCUAUCGAGGCAAGAAGUGGUGGUGAAUGUGCCCUAGUAACUAGUGAGGGUGUUUUCGGUGCUGAGAACCUGGAAACUAUUGUUGCAAUCAGUGAAGUGACACCUCAAGGUUCUACUGGUGGACAGCGAUCACCUGAAUUUGAUGUGACCCUGCAACCUUUUGGUUCCGAUGAUUCCAGACACAAUGAUGCUCAUGGUAAAGCGAGACAGUAUCGUACAACUGUCACAAAAAAAGUUGGCCAUAAACAAGAAUUUUCUAGGAAAGCACUUCUUAAGAAGAGAUCAGUUUCUAAGAUUUCAGAUGGAGCCAAAGGUGCUAAAGUUCCUUGUAAUGAAGAUGCUCUUGUUGCUGGUGACCAGGAUACUGAAGUGCCAUCUGAAGUUUCUCCUAGUGGAAAUAGACUGCCCAAAUUUGAUGUGACCUUGCCACCUUUUGGCCCAAAUGGUUCCAGCCAUGGUGAUGUCCGUAGCAAAGUAAGAGAGACACUGCGUUUAUUUCAGGUUCUUUGUAGAAAGCUCUUACAAGGAGAAGAAUCAAAGUCAAGGCCAGAGGAAGAGGCACAAUCUAAGCAGAAAACUAAAAGGAUUGAUCUUGAAGCAUCAAAGAUAAUCAAAGCAAUGGGUAAAGAAGUUAACACUGGCAAUGUUAUAUUAGGUGAAGUGCCUGGAGUUGAAGUUGGUGAUGAGUUCCAGUAUAGGGUGGAACUUGCCCUUGUUGGUAUUCAUCGACUAUAUCAAGCAGGUAUAGAUUCAAUGAAGCAUACUGAGACUGGAAUUACAAUUGCAGUUAGUAUUGUUUCUUCCGGAGCUUAUGCCGAUGAAACGGAUGAUCCUGAUGUCUUGAUAUAUUCUGGACAAGGUGGAAAUGUGAUUAGUAAAGCUAAGACACCAGAAGACCAAAAGCUUGAAAGAGGCAAUCUAGCUUUGAGAAAUAGCAUAACUGUAAAGAAUCCAGUGCGGGUGAUUCGUGGAUACAAGGAGACCAAGCCUUCUGAAUCAGUGGAUGCAAAGCCAAAGGUGGCCACAACAUAUGUUUAUGAUGGCAUAUACACUGUUCAGAACUAUUGGACAGUAGAAGGUAAGCACGGUAAGAUGGUUUUUAUGUUUGAGCUUAGAAGAAUUCCUGGUCAAGCGGAUGUAUUUUGGAAAGAAGUAAAGUCAUCCAAAAAGUCCACAAUGCGGCAUGGAGUUUGUGUUGCUGACAUAACUGGAGGAAAAGAGUUGCUUCCUAUAUGUGCUAUCAACAGAAUUGACAGUGAGAAACCUCCAUCAUUUAAUUACAUCCGUAAGAUGAAAUAUCCAGAAUGGUUCCACCCUGCUCCACUUAAAGGUUGUGACUGUACCGGUAAAUGUUCUGAUUCCAAAAAGUGCGCAUGUGCAGUCCGAAAUGGAGGUGAACUUCCAUACAACCGUAAUGGGGCCAUAGUUGAAGUGAAACCUCUUGUAUAUGAGUGUGGUCCUCAUUGUAAGUGUCCACCUUCUUGCUAUAACAGAGUCAGCCAGAACGGUAUCAAGAUUCAAUUGGAGAUCUUCAAGACUGAGUCACGGGGCUGGGGUGUCAGAUCCCUGACUUCUAUUCCUUCAGGAACCUUUAUAUGUGAGUAUGCAGGAGAGCUUCUUGAAGACAAGGAAGCUGAACGAAGGAUUGGUAGUGAUGAGUAUCUUUUUGAUAUUGGCCAUAACUAUAGUGACUGUUCUAUCAAUCCUUCUGGACAAAAAUGUACUAGUAGUGAGCAGGUUGAAGAAGUUGGCCAUACCAUUGAUGCAGCAGAGUAUGGGAAUGUCGGAAGGUUUAUCAAUCACAGCUGUUCGCCUAACCUCUAUGCACAAAAUGUCCUUUAUGACUAUGAUGACAGAAAAGUGCCGCAUAUCAUGCUCUUUGCUGUAGAGAAUAUUUCUCCAUUACGAGAGCUGACUUAUCACUAUAAUUAUACAGUGGAUCAGGUUCGUGAUUCCAGUGGAAACAUCAAGGUAAAACAAUGCUUUUGUGGAUCUGCUGAGUGUACCGGUAGGCUGUAUUAGUUGGUCUUUAAGGGUCUCUCCUCAAGGGUGGGUUCAGGUUUUUCCUCAUUACCUAAUGUAAGCUCUUUCUUUAGCUUGUUGUUUCUGGUGUAAAUACAUCGAAUGAAUUAAAUUUGCUCUUUCUCAUC